AUGUCCAGGCAAUCAAGGAGGUUCAAGAACCUGCAGACCCAGGAUGCCCCAAUAGUCCAUGAGCCCCAGAAUUCAGAUCUCCAGGAUUUCCCAAAUACCCAGUCCCAGAAAGCACCAGCAUACCAGGAGACCCCAGAACCUGAGCUACCAUCUCCCCAGCAGUCCCUGGAUUCCCUAGAUGCCCAGAAGUUCCUAGAGCUCUCAGCACAGCAUGAGCUUCAGGACAACCUAAUAGCUAUCAAGACAUCAGUAGAUCCAGAGUUCCCACAGACUCCUAGUAGGUUAGAGGCUGCCACUUUUUCUCUUGAAUACCUCUUCAAUGGGGAUGUCCAGAAGCUACCUGAGUUCGUGGUUGAACUGAAUCAUCACAUGAAAGUCAGAGGCCACCAGUAUCCCACUGAAGCAGCCUUGGGGAGUUUCAUUGGCAACUGCUUCUCGGGUGAAGCAAGAAAGUGGCUCCAGCCCUUAAUAGAUGUCCAAAGCACCCUAUUGGAUCAAUUAGAAAGUUUCAUAUGGGUGCUUCAGGAUACUUUCAACAAUUCAGAAAACAGGCAAGAUGCCAACCACCACAUCCAACAGCUCUGUCAAGGGAAGGACGUUGUCCACCAGUACACAACCCACUUCCAUCUCAUUGCUCAAGAGCUAAAAAAAGAUGAAAUUACUCUCUGCAUUCAAUUUCAGGAUGGACUUUACAGUUCUAUGCAAUAUGAACUGUCUCAUACAAGCCCAGCCACUAAUCUAUCUGAUCUGAUCAUCCAGUGCAUCAGCCUAGAAGAAAGCCUAAGUGGUAAGCCUGAUCCGAUACAAACAGAAGAAAGCUCCUCUGAAGAAAGCAACAAUCCUGAAAGCCCACCAGCUGAAAACCACCAUAUGAGAGCUGCAAGCCACCACCCACACUUCAGUGAUGCUGAAUGGGCCCACUGCCGUGAAGGCCACUUGUGCCUCUACUGUGGUCAUCCUGGUCAUUUUGCCAGAAAUUUCCCUGUUAAACCUUGUUGUGUCCAACAGGUGGGAAGCCCAGCG